UUGAUAAAUCUCACCCAUUGACCACAUAAAUUAGCUUAUUAGUGAAACUGUCUACUCUUAGAACCCUUCACGCAAGGCCCAUCCACUAGGACAGUAUUUCCUAACCAGGGUGCCUCCAGCUGUUGCAAAACUACAACUCCAUGCAUGCCAGGACAGCCGAAACCUGAAGCUAGCCUUUGCAUUCACUUCCAGGCAGUGGAAGAGAGAGGUGGUGUCUGGUUCGGUGGAGACGAGUUGUGAUCGGGAGAAAUCUUCAUGAUGACCCAGAACAGAUGGAGAAGAAAGAGAAAAGUGAACGACUCCGAACAGAGAAGACGCCCCUGUCAGAAAGCAGGUUUUUCAAUGGUAAACAGGAGUCCCGGGACGGUAUAAAUAUGCUGGAGGCGCACAGUGACACACACAGUACUCCUAGAGAUACAGACAGCUUCAAACAGUCUAGAGAGUCAAUGAACGCAAUGAUGGAGAACGGGAUGGAUGGUCUGCACCACUCUGGGGUCCAAAUGGUCCAAUAUCUCCAGAUCAACUACAAGAGUUCCCAAGACUGGUUCAUGUUCAUCUCUUUUGCUGCUGAUCUGAGAAACACCUUCUUCAUCUUCUUUCCCAUCUGGUUCCACCUGUGUGAGUCCGUGGGCAUCAAACUCAUCUGGGUGGCGGUGAUCGGGGACUGGCUCAACCUCGUCUUCAAAUGGAUUCUUUUUGGACAAAGACCAUACUGGUGGGUUCAUGACACAGACUACUAUGGAAAUACGACGGCUCCCUUCAUUGAACAGUUUCCCGUGACAUGUGAGACCGGCCCAGGGAGUCCUUCAGGCCACGCCAUGGGUUCUGCCGGGAUUUACUACGUCAUGGUCACGGCCGUUCUUACCAUCAUGUUGAAGAAAAAGGAAUCCAUGCUUACUAGCUGGUGUCUGCGCGGGGCGCUAUGGAGUGCGUUUUGGGCGGUCCAGGUCUGCGUCUGCUUAUCGAGGAUCUUCUUGGCUGCCCAUUUCCCGCACCAGGUCGUGGCUGGGGUCAUUUCAGGCAUGGUGGUGGCAGAAGCAUUCCAUCACACGCAAUCCAUCUACAAGGCCAGUCUCAAGAAGUACAUCCUUACCACCCUUUUCCUGUUUUCCUUCGCUUUGGGAUUCUACCUCGUCCUUAAAGCCAUGGGCGUGGACCUACUGUGGACAUUGGAGAAGGCUAAGAAAUGGUGCCAACGACCUGAAUGGAUCCACAUCGAUACAACCCCUUUCGCGGGCCUCCUUAGAAACCUCGGCAUCUUCUUCGGCUUAGGCCUGGCCCUCAACUCCAAACUUUACCAAGAGAGCUGCCGCGGCAAACAGGGACGCCAGGUCACCUUCCGAAUGUGCUGCAUCGUGGCUUCCCUCUUCGUUCUUCACCUCUUCGACUCUUUCAAGCCACCCACCAAAGUGGAGAUGCUCUUCUACGCCCUUUCGUUCUGCAAAAGUGCCGCUGUGCCCCUGGCUGCCGUAGGAAUUAUCCCUUAUUGUGUUUCUCAGCUUCUCCACCAACAAAGUAAAAAGAUUCUUUAGGGCAUUUUUAUUUUUUUAUUUUAUGUUUUUAUAGAAUAGCAUUUUUUUUUCCAUUGGUUGUUCUUUAGAAACAACAAAAAAAAAAAAAAAAACUAUCUAUGAGCCGUUGCGACGCGUCAAAGAUGCUUCCAGGCUAACGGGACGUGUCAUCUUCCAAUAUGAGCAUCCACUGUGUGGAACGAAUUUGAGGAGAACAAAGAGUAUUGGGGGGUGUCCCCAUCUUGUUGGUGUCGGCUGUGGAUUUUAAAGUAGCCCAAAAGUGGCAUGGACUUGUUGAGGAUCCUUGGGAGCGUCACGUUCAAAUAGUAGUAGAGACUAGAGAUGAGCGAAGUUAAAGUGAUUCGAUUCUUCACGAACCUCGCGGCUCGGUGGUUGCUGACUUUAAGCUUGAGCCGCGAGGUUCGUGACGAAUCGAAUUACUGUAACAUCGCUCAUCUCUAGUAGAGACUAUAGAAGUCAUUGAAGCCCACAGGAGCGGAACGACCUCCUCCCGUUACCCUUUUCCCUUAUCAACCAAGACUUUUCAUAUAUUCCCACAAUCCUUUUCAAGACAACAUUGUUCUAAGGCGCCAUGACUGUAUCUUCACGAAGCCUGACGAUGGGAUUGAAGGAGUUUACAAUGUGAAUCCAUCCUUGGCUACCAACUCAAUAAAGUACCUGGAUGCCAUGGGACUUUUAUCCUAACCAUAAAACAUAAGCCAAGGACUAUGUAGCCCUAUACCAGUGGUCUCCAACAGUGGCCCCGCCCAGAUGUUGCAAAACUUCAACUCCCAGCAUGCCCGGACAGCCGUUGGCUGUCCGGGCAUGCUGGGAGUUGAAGUUUUGCAACAUCUGGAUGACCACUGGUAAGGGAUGAAAUGAGAGGAAAGCCUUGAUUUACCUUUCAGGGACAGUGUGGAUCCUCUGAAGAAGGCAGACAGGCUUUUGGCUGUCCAGGCAUGCUGGGAGCUAAAGUUUUGCAACAUCCGGAGGGCCACAGUUUGACACCACUGCCCUACAUGAAUAUACAGAUAAUAUACACUGCAGGCCAUCAGAGAUGUCAUACUCGGAAUGGUUAAAGUCGUUGUUGCCAAGUGUCAACAGGUUAAAAAGCGUUGGUUUUUUUUUGUUAGGUUUUUUAAUUAUAUUUAGCCUCUUUUUAACAUAUGUAUUUAUUCACACAUUAGCACCUGAUGUUUUUUGGUUAUUUUGACCACAACAGAAAUUGUUAACUGUGUCAAGUUUCAUUCAACAUUUUAUUUUUUUGGGGAAAAAAUUACAUAUUUUUUAAUAAAAAUAUUUAAAAAAUAAAAUAAAAAAAGU